AUGAUGUGGUUCAAGAGAGAACCGAAGCAGGUCGUCGACAAACCUGCGGAAAAUGGUGUCGUAGGCAAGUUGAGAAGAAAGAAGCCAAUACUACUGAAGCCGACGAGAGAAUCCAGUGAGAGGGAAACGUCGACCGAGAGUGAUAAAGAGAGGAGAAGAUACUCAGAUAUAUUAGACACUGUGUCUAUAGAAAGACGAGAUGAAAGCGACGAGUCUUUGUAUGAGUCGGCGGAUGGUCACAGCGACGCUAUAUCGGCUAGCGACGACGCCCUGCCGAGGCUCGGCAAAACUCCGACAAUCAGCAAGGAAUCUCUUAAACUAGCGGUCACAGAUGAGGAAGUAGAUUGCGCGAAAAUUAAAAAAACGCACAGAAAAACAAUGUCAUUAUCUAAUCCGUUAGAAAUAGUAAGAAAUUUGGGAGAUGAAUGGUUUGAAUCUGCAAAAAAGGAGCUUGAAAAAAAUUGUGACAAGAAAAAGUCAAGAGAGAGCCUCUGGAGUGAGGAAGAUCGUGAAUCAAUACAUGGGUCAUCGAUGAAACUUGAUCAGAUACGAAAAAAUAGCAAAAAGGAAGAGAAGCCUCAACCUAAUAGCAGAAAAAGUAGUACAAACGAAGCUCCCAAAACCAGAAAAACCAGUAAAACUUCCUCUGUAUCUGGUCUUGGCUUUUUUAGACGGAAGAAGACUCCUACAUCUACUAAACCCGUUGAAUCAGUUGCAGAAGAUGAUAAAAUAUUAACUCUGGAUGAAAUAUUAAACUAUACAAAACUGUUCCUAGAAGGAGAAAGACGUUUCGCGUCUUUAUCUGAGGCGAGACCACAGCCUCCAGUUGAGACCGAUUCAGAAGAUGAACCACCUACUCCUAAGCAGCUAGCAGAACACAGGAGAAGGUUAAGUAGACAGACGUCUCGAAGUAAAAGUAAAGUGAGAGGCAAAAGUCAGUCUUUAAAAGUCAGCACUUUAAGAAAAUCUCACAGUGGAACCCUGAAAAAGGGAAAGAAGAAGAGUGUGAAGGCUCCAUCAGCUGGGAGGAGCAGGCAAGCUAGUAUUGUUGAACAGACACCAGUAGUUAAGAAAAAGAAUUCUGAUUCAGUGAAACAUAACUCUUGGCUCUUCAGUGGAACUCGAGGAGAGUCCCGAAGGGAAGGCUCGACAGAUGAGCCGACAGCGCCCGACGCGGAUGUUGACACCAGCGAUGCUAAUACCAAGGAACCCGACAAGGAUAACAACUGGCGUUCCCCGGCGGGAGGGCGCGGCGUCAACCGCGCCGAGAGCUGCCGCGAGCGGGACGUGCCCCGGCGCGGGAAGCACCGCAACGCGAGCGACCCCAACAGGCUCACCGCACACAACAACCAGUGA